AUGGCAUAUCGUCCGUUGAUCACCCUCUUUGAUAUUCCAAGUAUAACACGAAAGUCGUGGUCUCCAAAUGUCUGGAAAGCCCGGCUCGUCCUCAAUUACAAGGCAUUGCCAUAUACGACUGAAUGGCUUGACUUUUCCAACCUCAGUACCUAUAUGCAGCCUCACGUGAAACCGAAUGAGCCGCCUUUGAGCCCGCAUACCAUACCCUGCAUCCUUUUGCAGGAGGGCGAGACCACAAGGGGUAUCAUGGGCUCCAGAUCUAUUGCUGAGGAAUUAGAGAAGUAUUUUAGCUCGCCGUCACUUCAAUUCGACUCAGAAGAAUCCGCCAUGGUCGAAGAAUUAGCAGAGAAGCUGCUGAUAAGCAGCAGACCGUUAUGGGCACAUUUACUACCCAAGAAUGUUCUUGUGCCAUCAGAUCGGCAAUAUUAUGCAGACACGCGAUCAAAAAGAUUUGGAAUGAGUCUUGAUUUAUAUUACAGUGAGCACGUCAGCCAGCAGCUGUGGUACCAGCUUGAUGCCAUCUGUCACGAGAUUGGAGGGGCACUGGCUGAGACCGUUUCUGAUGAAUUACCAUCCUGUGUUGAUCGGACCUUGUCAGAUCACUUCUACGAUGCUGAACCCCAGCUUCUCAAGCUGUAUGAGGCAUGCCACCAGUGGCUCGAACGUGAUUAUUGA